AGAAGGUUUCAAAGGAAAAUAUGUAAUUCCCAAAUCACAAGGUUCAGUACCACUGGCGUUCUAAAGUCCUAAUCAGUCACAUGCUAAUUCUUCAACUUCUUUGUAUAUAUACAAGUUACGAAAUCCAUUUUAAAUAUAUAUAAUAUCCACCAAAAACAUCCUUUCCUUCUUCCAAAAAUGGAGCUUCAAUCUUCUCCUUUCAAUUUAAUUUCUUUGUUCCUCUUCUUUUCUUUUCUUUUUAUUCUAGUGAAGAAAUGGAAUGCCAAAAUCCCAAAGUUACCUCCAGGUCCGUGGAGGCUUCCCUUUAUUGGAAGCCUCCAUCACUUGAAGGGAAAACUUCCACACCAUAAUCUUAGAGAUCUAGCGCGAAAAUAUGGACCUCUCAUGUACUUACAACUCGGAGAAAUUCCUGUAGUUGUAAUAUCUUCGCCACGUGUAGCAAAAGCUGUACUAAAAACUCAUGAUCUCGCUUUUGCAACUAGACCACGAUUCAUGUCCUCAGACAUUGUGUUUUACAAAAGCAGGGACAUCUCUUUUGCCCCAUUUGGUGAUUACUGGAGACAGAUGCGUAAAAUAUUGACUCAGGAACUCCUGAGUAACAAGAUGCUCAAGUCAUAUAGCUUAAUCCGAAAGGAUGAGCUCUCGAAGCUCCUCUCAUCGAUUCGUUUGGAAACAGGUUCUGCAGUGAACAUAAAUGAAAAGCUUCUCUGGUUUACGAGCUGCAUGACCUGUAGAUUAGCCUUUGGAAAAAUAUGCAAUGAUCGGGAUGAGUUGAUCAUGCUAAUUAGGGAGAUAUUAACAUUAUCAGGAGGAUUUGAUGUGGGUGAUUUGUUCCCUUCCUGGAAAUUACUUCAUAAUAUGAGCAACAUGAAAGCUAGGUUGACGAAUGUACACCACAAGUAUGAUUUAGUUAUGGAGAACAUCAUCAAUGAGCACCAAGAGAAUCAUGCAGCAGGGAUAAAGGGUAACAACGAGUUUGGUGGCGAAGAUAUGAUCGAUGCUCUACUGAGGGCUAAGGAGAAUAAUGAGCUUCAAUUUCCUAUCGAAAAUGACAACAUGAAAGCAGUAAUUCUGGACUUGUUUAUUGCUGGAACUGAAACUUCAUAUACUGCAAUUAUAUGGGCACUAUCAGAAUUGAUGAAGCACCCAAGUGUGAUGGCCAAGGCACAAGCUGAAGUGAGAAAAGUCUUCAAAGAAAAUGAAAAUUUCGACGAAAAUGAUCUUGACAAGUUGCCAUACUUAAAAUCAGUGAUUAAAGAAACACUAAGGAUGCACCCUCCAGUUCCUUUGUUAGGGCCUAGAGAAUGCAGGGACCAAACAGAGAUCGAUGGCUACACUGUACCUAUUAAAGCUAGAGUUAUGGUUAAUGCUUGGGCGAUAGGAAGAGAUCCUGAAAGUUGGGAAGAUCCUGAAAGUUUCAAACCGGAGCGAUUUGAAAAUACUUCUGUUGAUCUUACAGGAAAUCACUAUCAGUUCAUUCCUUUCGGUUCAGGAAGAAGAAUGUGUCCAGGAAUGUCGUUUGGUUUAGUUAACACAGGGCAUCCUUUAGCCCAGUUGCUCUAUUGCUUUGACUGGAAACUCCCUGACAAGGUUAAUGCAAAUGAUUUUCGCACUACUGAAACAAGUAGAGUUUUUGCAGCAAGCAAAGAUGACCUCUACUUGAUUCCCACAAAUCACAGGGAGCAAGAAUAGCUUAAUUUAAUGGAGUUCUUGGAAGAAUUAAAGAAGAAGGGCUAUAUAGGUGAGAUUUUUUGUAUGGUUGCAAGGUUUUUAGUUCAUACAAUAAGACAAUACAUUAUAUUCCAGUAUUGUGUAUCAUGUAUAAUAAGGUUCCUUUUGUUUAUUAUUAGACACAAUAAUUAAUCUAA